AUGGCGAAUUAUGUUAGUAUAACAUCACCACAACGCGAAACAAUAGUUAGUGAUCAUAAAUAUCGUUUAAGAUAUUUUAAAACACCAGCUUGGUGUCCUUAUUGUGAAGAUUAUAUAUGGGGUUCCGGUAAUAUUGGUUAUCAAUGUACAAAUUGUGGUGAUUAUUUUCAUGUUGAAUGUACACUUGUAUUAACAACUGGUACAUGUCCCGGUUUAAAUGCAUGUCAUACGAAUAAUCGUACUUUAAUAACAUAUGAUACAAGUAUAUCAAUAAAUGACUGGACAGUCAGUGAUGUAUGUGAAUGGUUAGCUGUUGUUAAUUUAUAUCGUUAUGCACCAAAUUUUCAAUCAUUAAAAUAUGAUGGUGAAAUUUUAUUAUCAUUAACUGAUGAACAAUUAAAACAUGAUCAUAUACAUGAUAGUUAUCAACGACAAGCUAUAUUAGAUGCAAUAAAAGAAUUAAAAACACGUGAUAAAUAUCGUCCUAUAUCAUUUGAACGUUUUCGUACACAAUUAUCAACAAAUAAUCAUGGUGAUAAUUUUAUUUGUACAACAUUUUAUGAAAGACGUAUAUGUGAUUUAUGUGAAAAAUAUUUAUAUGGAAUAAUUCAUCAAGGUUUACAAUGUAGUCGUUGUGGUCUUGUUAUGCAUCGACAAUGUUCAAAAUUACCAUCAAAACGUUGUAUACAUACAAAUAAACAACUUGAAUGUCAUACAAUUAUUGGAACUGAUUUUAAUGAUCAACCUAUUGAUUCUAAAACACAAUUACCUAUUAUUAUAACACGUUUAUGUCAAUCAUUAGAAAAUAUUGUACAAGAUAAUCCUAUCUUAUCUUUAAUCGAUGCAUAUCGAUUUUCUAUUGAAUCUGCACGUAUUGCUCAACUGAGAAAAUUAAUCAAUGAUAACGAUAUUGAAAAAAUGGAUUUUAAAAAAAUGGAAUUAUCAGAAUUAGCUAGUUUAGUUAAAAUUAGUCUUAAAGAACCAGGAAUAGGUAUUAUACCAGAUGAAAAUUAUGAAGAUUUUCUUAAUUUGGUUAAUGCUCCAACACAAGUUAUUCAAGAAUUUGUUUGUAAUUAUUCUAUGCCAUUUUAUGUUGAUUUUCUUAAGUUUAUGAUGUGUCAUAUAAUUAAAAUUUGGAAACUUGAUUAUGAUCUUGCUAUGACAAAUAUAAAUCAACAUCAUACAGUUAAACCAUAUGAACCCGAACGAGUUGUUGAUAAACUCGUUGCAAUAUUUAAACAACUUAUAUUUCGACCACCAUGGCCAAUGAUAAUGUCACAUGCUCGUAACGAUAAAGAUCAUGUUCAUUUAUUAAAACGUUUUAUCUAUGAAAUCGAUUGGAAUGCUGAACGACCACCUUUAAAUGCUUUUCAACAAACUCCAUCAAUCAAUACAUUAAUUUCUCAACAACAAUCGCUUGAUAAAUGUCCAUGGUUUUAUAAUCGACAAGAUAAUCAAUUGUUAACAAAUAAACUUUCAACAAAAUCUGUUACAAUUAAUGAUGGAGAUUAUUAUGUACGUUUUUCAACCGAAGCAAGUGUAUCAGCACCAUUUACACUCGUUGUUCAACUUGAUGGUCAACAACGUUUCAUUAAAAUAUGUAUGAAUAAACAAGGACAAUAUGGUUUUUCAUUAAAUUCAUGUUUUUUUCCAACAAUACAAGAUUUAAUUGAAUAUUAUACGCAUAAUUCUCUAUCAAAACAUUUUCCUAUAUUAAAUUCUGAUAUGAAAUUAGCUAAACCAAUUCGUCGUGAUAUAUUUUUAUCGAAUAUACAACAUGAUGAUUUGGAUAAUUAUGCAAUUGUUCUAUCAAAUAUUAAUGAUCAAAAUCUAUUACGUAUAGCUUUACUUGAAUUAACAAUGAAAUAUAAUGAAAUGGAACAUGAUUGUGCAUCAUUAAAAAUUGAACUUGAUCAAAUAAUAACAUAUAUGAGUGAAAUACAACGAUCAACAAUGGCAUAUGGAAGAAUUCAAAUAAUAUAUGAAAAACAAAUGAAACUUAAUCGUGAUCAUUAUUUACAAUGUCAAAAGCAAACUGAAAAAACUGAAUAUGAUCGUUCAUUUAAAUAUCUUGAACAACGUGUUGAACAUUUUAUUACUAAUCUUAAAGGUUUAAAUGCAACAUUUACAGAACAACAAUUAAAACGUGAUCAAUUAAUAAAAACACUUGAUGAAAGAAAAACGAAUAUGAUUAAUUAUGAAAAUAAAAUUGCAACAUGUAUGAAAAUACUUGCAGAUAAAGGUGUUGAACAACAUGAAAUUAAUAAUUUUCUUGAUUUACCAAAUGAUGAACCAUGGUAUUUAGCAACAAUUAAUCGUGAAACAGCUCAUAGAUUAUUAAAAUCAUGUGUCGAAGGUACUUAUCUUAUACGAACAUCAUCAACUGGUCUUUAUGCAUUAACAUUAGUUCAUAAUAAUGUUAUAUAUGAUUGUCGUAUUGGUCGUGAUCCAAAUCAAAAUUAUGCAUUUCGAUUUGUUGCAUCAAAUAUGGAUGGAAAUAGUUUCGCUUAUUGUGAUCGAUCAUUUCGUUCAUUGGGAGAGUUAGUUACAUAUUAUACAGAACAUUCUUUAGCUGAAAAUAAUCCCGAUUUAAAUACAUGUUUAACAGUACCUAUUAAAUCGCAUGCAAAUAUCAAAAUAUAG